UCAGGACAGCUGGACAUUCCUGGAUAUCACUGAGGACCUAAUCUUAACCUGGUCUUUGUUUUCUGGCAACCGUGAAAGGAGAUCUGCGGGACCUUCAUAGAAAUGGGACGCACUUUGGGAUGCAGGACUACUUUCCGGACCAGACAGGGGCCUGACUCCAGGAGCCUUCCUUAGAGGCAAGUGAGCGGCUCGGUGCAGGCAGGCGACUUGCUGCCGCCGGGCUGGGCUGCCCGGGGGAAAUGAUUCCCGGCCAGAAGGGCGCCUCUAGGAAGAAGACCAAGGGGGAAGCAAAGUUUCGGGGCAGCUGAAGAGCCCUGCCCGCAGCCCUUCCAGCCCAAGCACCUCCCUGGCUAUGGAGGGCGGACUCUAAAAUGAAUCCCGAUCUGGACGCCGGCCACAACACAUCAGCACCUGCCUACUGGGGAGAGUUGAAAGAUGCCAACUUCAGUGGACCCAACCAGACCUCGAGCAACUCCACGCUGCCCCAGCUGGACAUCACCAGGGCCAUCUCUGUGGGCCUGGUGCUGGGCGCCUUCAUCCUCUUCGCCAUCGUGGGCAACAUCCUAGUCAUCUUGUCUGUGGCCUGCAACCGGCACCUGCGAACGCCCACCAACUACUUCAUCGUCAACCUGGCCAUUGCCGACCUGCUGUUGAGUUUCACCGUCCUGCCCUUCUCGGCUGCCCUGGAGGUGCUAGGCUACUGGGUACUGGGACGGAUCUUCUGUGACAUCUGGGCAGCUGUGGACGUCCUAUGCUGCACAGCCUCCAUUCUCAGCCUGUGCGCCAUCUCCAUCGAUCGCUAUAUUGGGGUGCGCUACUCCCUGCAGUACCCCACACUGGUCACCCGGAGGAAGGCCAUCUUGGCGCUCCUCAGUGUCUGGGUGUUGUCCACAGUCAUCUCCAUCGGGCCUCUCCUUGGCUGGAAGGAGCCGGCGCCCAACGAUGACAAGGAAUGCGGGGUCACCGAGGAACCCUUCUAUGCCCUCUUCUCCUCCCUGGGCUCCUUCUACAUCCCCCUGGCGGUUAUUCUGGUCAUGUACUGCCGCGUCUACAUCGUGGCCAAGAGGACCACGAAGAACCUGGAGGCAGGCGUCAUGAAGGAGAUGUCUAACUCCAAGGAGCUGACCCUGAGGAUCCACUCCAAAAACUUUCACGAGGACACCCUCAGCAGUACCAGGGCCAAGGGCCACAACCCCAGGAGUUCCAUAGCUGUCAAACUUUUUAAAUUCUCCAGGGAAAAGAAGGCAGCCAAGACCUUGGGCAUUGUGGUCGGCAUGUUCAUCCUGUGCUGGCUGCCCUUCUUCAUCGCUCUCCCUCUUGGCUCCCUGUUCUCCACCCUGAAGCCCCCCGACGCCGUGUUCAAGGUGGUCUUCUGGCUGGGCUACUUCAACAGCUGCCUCAACCCCAUCAUCUACCCGUGCUCCAGCAAGGAGUUCAAGCGCGCCUUCGUGCGCAUCCUCGGGUGCCAGUGCCGCGGCCGCCGUCGCCGUCGCCGCCGUCGCCGCCUGGGCGGCUGCGCCUACACCUACCGGCCGUGGACGCGCGGCGGCUCGCUCGAGCGCUCGCAGUCGCGCAAGGACUCGCUGGACGACAGCGGCAGCUGCCUCAGCGGCAGCCAGCGGACCCUGCCCUCCGCCUCGCCCAGCCCGGGCUACCUGGGCCGCGGCGCGGCGCCGCCCGUGGAGCUGUGCGCCUUCCCCGAGUGGAGGGCGCCGGGCGCGCUCCUGAGCCUGCCCGAGCCCGCGCCCCCCGGCCGCCGUCGCGACUCCGGCCAGCUCUUCACCUUCAAGCUCCUGGCCGAGCCCGAGAGUCCCGGGGCUGGCGCCGACGCCCGCAGCGGCGCGGGCUGCGAGGCCGACGUGGCCAACGGGCAGCCGGGUUUCAAGAGCAACAUGCCCCUGGCGCCCGGGCAGUUCUAGUCCCGCGGCUCCCCUUGGGGGACAGGCACCGUGGGGGUGGGCGGGACGGGAGAGGGGCAGCGGCUUUUCUGGCAGGGGCAUGGGUGCCAGGUGCGGCGCAGAGAACUGGGCCGAGCAUGCCGACCGAGAGCCUGGGGACCUGAGCCAGCCGGGAUUCCCGCCCCUCUCUCUCUCUCUCUCUCUUUGUGUAUAUAUCGAGUCCCUCUCUCCAUGUAUUUAUCUGCGGGUACACGUGUGCGUGUCUGUGCGGUGUCCAUGGGGUCUGCAUGUGUGCGUGUGUGCGCGGUGGAAGGUGCGCGCCCAGGAGUUGGCGGCCGAGGCCUUGUGCGUCUCGUGACUCCGUACCUCUCGAGCCCCUCCUAGUUCAUUGAUUCAUGAUGGCACUUUGAUGGGGUGGGAAACAAAGUCAGACAUUAAAGAUCUUUCU